ACCGCGGCCUGCGAGAUGCCGCCUAGAGCGGCUGCAACCAUAGAGCUUCAGCCUCGAGCGGCCCCGCCGCGGAGCGAACGGCGCAUGCGCUUAGUUUUGCUUCGCUGUGGCGGUGAGGAGGCGUGGGGUCUGCAGCAUGGCUCCGGUGCUGAACCUCAACAACGAGGUUGUGAAGAUGAGAAAAGAUGUGAAGAAAGCCAGAGUCCUGACCAUUCGCAGACUGACCAGACACAUCGGGAAACUGAAGUUGAAAAAGACUUCAUUUACAGGGGUUCAGAGGACUUGAAGCUAAAGAACCAAAAACGAGCUGAGAGAUUAAUAGAAGAAAUCCACGCUAUGAAGGAAAUAAAGCCGGACCAAGUUACCAGACUUGCACUUAGGAAAGAAGUUAAUUUUGAAAGUAUCUGCAGAAAACCAAAGUCCACUGCAAAUGAGCGAGCUCUUGCAAGACUUGCAACACACCCCCUUCUGAAACCCAAAAUUGCUGAACUUAAAGCUGCUGUAAAAGCUUUUAAGGAUGCAAGACAAAACCCAGGUAAAGCCAAUCCUUCAGAAAAGAAGCCAGAAGCUCAGCCUAAAUCAGCACAAAAUUUGAAUGAACAUGUUCUUAAACUAGUUCAAAAUCGGCAAGGAUUUGAAGAUAAAACAAAAAUGAGUGUGAAAAUGGGAACUGUAGGAGGAGCUGAUAAACUCAGUGAGAGUGAACCUGAACAGGAAAUUAUGGAAGUGGAGAGAAUUCCAAAAGAGUUUUCGUCUCAGACAGUAGAAAUGCAAGCAAUCACUCAGACAGGAAAGAAACUUGUCUGUAAAAAAAGGAAAGAAAAUGUGAGCAUGAACAAAUUAACUGCAAUGAAACAAAUAAUUAGGGAUGAUAGUGACCUGGAACAACAUAGUGAAGAGGAAUACUUUGAUGAUAGUACUGAAGAGAGGUUUUAUAAUCAGACAUCAAAUUCUGAUAGUGAUAGCAAUGAUGAUUUCUUCAUUGGCAAAGCAAAAAGAAAGAAGAAAACAGCAGCAGUUAAUGAUGUUUCUUCAGUAAAAGAAAAGAAUACACUUCAGAAAAACAUACUGAAGGAAGAAAAGAGUACAGUAUCUGGAACAAUGCAGAAUUGGAUCAUGGAAGGAAAACCACAUGAUAAAGCUGGGAAGCUGGAAUCAAUGUUCUGUACUUCUUUGUCUACCUGCAAUCAGAAAUCCCAAAACAGAAGAAACACAAAAGACCAACCUGUCAAAAACAGACAAACAGCUCUUCUUAAAAAGGAACCACAGCCCAAAAAACAAUCAUUUGCAAAAACCUCCAUUCUUAAACAUGAUGGUAAGAAUCCACGUUUGGAGCAGCCUCUUCAUCCUUCAUGGGAAGCAAGCAGGAGACGUCGGGAACAAAUGUCACAAAUUACAGCAUUCCAGGGCAAAAAGAUUAAAUUUGAAGACUAGAUUGUAUAUAAAUUGAUUGUAAAAUAUGAUUAUUAUAAAUUUGCAUCUUACAGUGUUUUUGUCAGUGGUGAAAACUGGAAUUUGAACAAUUCUUGGUAGUGUAGACAGAAAACAAUGUAGAAAUCUUCACUUAAAUAAUAUUUUACAUUUCUCAAGAAUUUAUGCCCAUUAAUCCAUGUUUGGGUGUCUUGAUAAUUCCAAUUCCAUAAUGCCACUGUUUACAGAAUACGCCCCACCAUGACUGAAUGGAUUUUAAGAACAUCAUCUGUACCAUGUAGGAGUAAUACAGAUUCUCUGAAGUUUUAUUUUUGUAAAAAUGUACUUUUAAUGUACUUAAGGACUGGAUCUAAAGUUAUAGGUAAGAAUACCACUACUGAAGUGAUAAUCCUAGGUCUGUAUUAUCAAAUAACAUCUUUGAUGAGGAAAAGAAAUCUCUUAAACUUGAACAGACUUUACAAAUUCAUGAAUGUGUCAGUUAGGUAUGAAAGCCAAUUAGUAAUGCACAUGUUCUGGGUAGCAAUAAAAUACUGGCCUGUUAAA